GCUGACACUUCGCCCGAAGGUCGACUAGUCCGAACAUCGUAUCGAGGCUGAGACGCGGCGGGACGCUCAGAGCCGGCGAUGCGAGUCACAGCCUUCAGGAGGUUCUGCGGUAAAUCUCCCAGGAGCGUCUGAGCGGGAUUUCGGUUAAUCUGAGGAAAUGGGCAACUCGUACGCGGGGCAGCUGCGCACCACGCGUUUCGAGGAGGUCCUACACAACUCCAUUGAGGCGUCCCUGCGCUCCAACACUGUGGUGCCAAGACCUGUGUUCUCUCAGCUGUAUCUGGAACCAGAGCAGAGACCUCUCUCUCGAGAUGGCCACAUGGAAAAUGAAGAGGAGGAUGAUGAGGAUGGCUCAGAGUCCAACAGCCCUCCUAUUCCAUACCAGAUGAAACCUCCCCCUGAAGGUUCCUGCACUACCGAUGGAUUCUGUCAGGCCGGCAAAGACCUGCGACUGGCCUCUAUAGCAACUGAAUGCCUGGACGUGCCACCAGGAUUUCUACUGGUUGGAGCCAAAUCACCCAGUAUACCCGACCACAUACUGGUGUGCGCAGUGGACCGGCGCUUUCUCCCAGAUGAAUGUGGGCGUAACGCACUUUUAGGGUUCUUGGGGAACUGCAUGGGCUGUGGCGAAAAGAGCUUCCGUUACUUCACGGAAUUCUCCAACCACAUCAACCUGAAGCUGACCACGCAGCCCAAGAAGCAGAAGCACUUAAAAUACCGCCUGCUCCGCAAUGCCCAGGGGGUGCUGGUAAAGGGCCCACCCAUCUGCUGGAAAGGAAUAGAUAGCCGUGUAAGACAGACCACCUCUAACAUGUCUGGUGGUCUAGAGGAGCAUCCACCCAGCUCUGGAGCCAAUGAUCUGCUGCCCAGUUCAGGACCUGCAGGCCUAAACACAGCCAGCUACACAGAUCUGAACACCCAUCUCCAAGCGUCUGAAACCUCCCCUCACAUGGCCAAUGGCAGCCAUGUUCCUGCACCCCAGCAGGCUUUGCCCCAGACAGGCUUGACUGCCCAUGGCCCAGGAAGACCCACAGUUACAGGUUCCAUGGCUAAUUCAGGACCACCCAAAAAGAGGCACAAAGGCUGGUCUCCAGAAUCCUCAGCACCAACCGAAGCUGUUCAUAGACCAGCUUCAUCCAACACAGUUAAAGGAACCAGAUCAGCAGACAGUGUGGCUUCAGGGUUUGUGUCUCAGGGGUCCUCGCCACCUUUGCCCCCAGGAGAGUCUGUCACAGUGCCCGAUGGCCUCCUCCAAACCUGUGGACUACAGCCAGUCGUUUUUAAAGGUCAUGGGGCUCUUCCUCGCCUGUGUGGGAACACAGGUGAUGUGUUGGUGAGUGGACAUCUGCAGGCAUGUUACUGCAGCUCCCAGACCCUCCCACGUGUUUAUGAGCAGUACGGAACCUCCUCUGUCCAGCCCCUGUCCACAGAGAUGCAGGUCCUGCUGACCGUCUACUACCUGGUGCAGCUGGCCCCCGAUCAGAUGCCCCUGAUGGAAGACCUGGAGCAGAUCCUCAUGCGUUCCUGGCGUGAAUCGCACCUUUCGGAAAUCCGGCAGUACCAGCAGAGCCACCCUCAGUUCCCCACUCCUCUGCCAGGCCUGGCCCAGCCCCUCACCCCCUCCCAGCUCCCCUGGCUGGCCAAACUGGCCACUAGCUCCUCCGGAGAGAGUGUCCUGGUACUGGACACGGCACACUCUCUGGCUGCGGCACUGGACGGCACCUUCCAGAAGCUGAUGGAAGGCAAGCUGAGUCAGACGCAUUAUGUGGUGAUCAUCUGCAUGGGCAGGAGCCAAGAGACCGAGUCCUGUAUAGUGGUGACAGGGAAGCACCAGUCACGAGCACUUGCAGAGAGCACGCUCUCUCCCAGCGACUGCAUGAGCGAGAUCAAUCAGGAGCUUUCCUCCGGGAUGGCUGCAGAACUAGAGGCCUACUUUAGCUCCCUGGGACUCGAUGGAGAUGUGGAUUUGCUAGAGAAAGCCAGUCCAGAGAAGUCCAGCCCCUUUACUCAAGGCUGUGUGCAGGAACUGUCGGGAGAACCCACAUGUACAGAAUACCGGGCGGAGUGGCGGGAGAUUCGGCCCAUUCAGCUCGCUGUGGCACGAAAGCUGCUGUCCCAUGUGUGUGCCAUCGCUGACUCCAGCACGCACAACCUGGACCUGGGCUCUUUCGACAAAGUGGAGUUCCUGAUCUGUGUGCCCCCAUCUGAGGUGGCCUUCCAGCAAGUGGUCCUGCACCUGUGGAACUCAGGGGUUCUGCAGGAAUUAGGCCUGGACCAGGACUGUCUGUCCCCAAAGGAUGCUGAGCAGUAUGUGAUAAAAUUGGACCAGGCUGCAGUAGCAAAGAUCAGUGGCCUCAUCCAGAAAUCCAAGCUGAACCCCUACACCCUCUUCAUACUGGUGCAUGACCAUGCACACUGGGACAUUAGCAGUGAACAGUACAGUAGGGUGGGAGGCGAGCCCAACUCGGGCCUAGUGGACAGUCUGCUGAACUGCAGGCAGAUUCAAGAGGCGGCCAACAUCCUGACCCUCCAUGUGACCUCAUUCCCCUUCGCCUUGCAGACUCAGUACACACGCAUCAGCCCGUACAAUGAGAUCCACUGGCCCUCAGCAUUCAACAAUGAUGUGGAUCUGUACCAAGAGAAAACAAAGUACUUUGGUGUGUCUGAGCUGUUGGAGUCCACACGCUCAGGGAACAGCCUGCCUCUGCUGCGCUUUGACAGUUCGUUUGAGAGCAUGGUCGCCGCUUUGGAGGAGAGGUUCCCCAGGCUGCACAGCGUGGUCAUCCGCACUCAGGUACUACUCCAGCACUACUCUGUGGCUCUCAUGGCCACAGCUAAAGGCCAGGCCCAGCUGCAGAAGCACACCUCCGUGGAGACCCUAGAGAUGGUGCAGUGCCUGCUGGGUUCAGCACACCGCUGUCCCAAUCACCACGGACACAUGCUGCUGCUUCGGAUUCCCUUUCCGGCCCUGGCAGCUCUGGCACACCAGCGACUCUGUCGUGUACGAGACCGUCUGGGGCUUCACGAACGUUUUGAAGUCGUACUGGGGGACCCCACAUCUGGGAUCGUAGUGGGCAAACAUUUCCUCAAUCAGCUGAGGGUGUGGCUAAAGAUCCAAGACCCAGAAUGGACUCCACACACGUAUCUGGAGCUGGAAGCUUUGCCCUGCAUCCUAAUCUUUACCGGCAUGAAUCCAAUGGGGGAGUCCCUGCCAAGGUCUCUGAAAUAUUGUGACCAGCGGGUGAUGAGCUGCUGCGCUCUCCAGCGGACGGCUCUGGAGCAGGAGCUGGGCUUGGCAGCUUACCUGGUGUCGGCAGAGCAGCAAAGCCAGCGAGGGGCCCGCACCUCCAGUGACCUCUCCGAAAGCGACCCUGACAAACUCAGCGGCACAGACAACGAGGAGGAAGAGGUGGUGGUGGAUGUGAACAGCACACUGCUUGGUCCGGAUCAUUCCCGGACUGACUCUUCCCCUCACAAACAACAGCAGCCCGUCUUGAGUGGAGAUACUCCUCAUGGCCAGAGACGAUCCUCCAAGUCCACUUCUCCUGGCUCAUCGUCCACACAAGCACAAGCCUCCCCUCUGCGCCCGUUCUGCUCCUGGGCCCGAAACCUCAACCGGCCUCCUGUGGUGCUCCUCCCCAAAGCCCUGUACGAUCUCAUCACCACCAUAGAUGCCAGCGGUUUGCCCAAGCCUACGUCCUUUCUCCCACAUGCGUCGGUGGAGUGGGCCAGCUCCUUUAGACCUCUCCUCAGCAAGAUGAUGACCUGCACCGAGCAGUCUCUGUACUACAGGCAGUGGACGGUGCCCAGGCCGAACCACAUGGACAGCAGUAACCGGGCCGAAGGACGCACAGACAACUUCCACCCGCGCAGGCUGCUCCUCAGCGGGCCGCCACAGGUUGGGAAAACCGGGGCCUACCUGCAGUUUCUUGGCAUUCUCUCCCGCAUGCUGAUCAGGCUCAUGGAGGUGGACAUCUAUGAUGAAGAGGACAUCAACUGCAAUUCCCAGUCAGAUUUAGUGCGCUAUCAUCAGGCCAUUGCAUCGUGGCCCAACGCUGACACCAUGAGAGGAAUGCCGUUUGACUUCACCAUCCAUGAUCCCAAAUACGAGGACAUCAGCACAAUCUACUCCCCUGACUUAACUCCAGAUGUAGAGAAAAACGCCCGGCGUCAGGAGGACGUGUACCUCCGUCGACGUACAGCACGGAUAAAACUCUCCAAAUAUGCAGCGUACAACACGUACCAUCACUGUGAACAGUGCCAUCAGUACAUGGGCUUCAACCCUCGAUACCAGCUGUACGAGUCGACCCUGCAUGCCUUCACUUUCUCUCACCUCCUGCUUGGAGAGGAGAUCCAGCUCUAUUUCAUCAUCCCUAAAUCCAAAGAGCAUCACUUCUCCUUCAGCCAACCAGGAGGCCAGCUUGAGAGCAUGAGACUGCCCCUCACCUCUGAUUGGAAUCCUGAUUGUAUCAAAAGCCCCAUAUUUACGCCCACCACGGGGCGCCAUGAGCACGGCCUGUUCAACCUGUAUCACGCCAUGGAUGGAGCCUCCCACCUACACAUCCUGGUCAUCAAAGAAUACGAGAUGGCCGUAUAUAAGAAAUACUGGCCCAAUCACAUCAUGCUGGUCCUGCCCACCAUCUUUAAUGGAGCUGGAAUAGGAGCAGCACAUUUCCUAAUUAAGGAGUUGUCCUAUCACAAUCUGGAGCUGGAGCGUAAUCGGAGGGUGGAGCAUGGCAGUCGGCCACAGGAUGUCUGGCCCUUCAUCAUCCUGGCCGAUGACUCCUGUGUCAUGUGGAACAGUGUAGACGUCGACUCCAAGAGCGGCAUUGCAGGAGCAGAGCGGAACGUAUCACUGAAGCAGGUGCUGCAGCAUAUGGAGUCGUCUCCAGACAUCACCGAGUACGGCCUUUGUGGCCUCAGAAAGUGGUCGAGCCGGGGGUCUGGGACCGGCCGACGCAGAGAGCCCUUCUCGCGAGGACACCUGCACGACUUCCUGCUCCUCAAUGUGGACCUCACACAUGACAUACAGUACAACCAAAACCGAUUUACGUGUGAUGACGUGGACUUUAACCUCCGCAUCCAGAGUGCAGGCCUUCUCAUGUGCCGCUUCAACAACUUCAGUGUGAUGAAGAAGCAGAUAGCCAUCGGGGGAUACCGCACCUUCAUCAUCAAGACCAAGCAGAUGACGGAUGUACCAACCACAGUGCAGCCGUCCCAGUAUAUUUGCGCCCCCGACAGUAAGCACCUGUUCCUGGCCACUCCGGCUCAGCUUCUGCUGGAGAAGUACCUCCAGCACACGAGCCAAAGGCUGUUCCCCCUCAGCGCCGGCAACUACAGCCACCCAGUGCUUUCUGUGGACUGCUACCUCAACCUGGGCCCAGAGGUGACGGUGUGUUUUGUCAGCUCCAGACCGCACUCCAUCAACAUCAGCACUGCUGGCCUGCUCUUUGGAGGACUCCUGCUCUACUUUUGUGACUCUUUCGUCACACCUGGCUUCCUCAAGAAGUUCCGGUUUCUGAAAGGGGCGACUCUGUGUGUGAUCUGCCCCAACCGCAGCGCUCUCCGGCAGACCGUUGUCCGGCUGGAGCUGGAGGAAGAGUGGAGGUUCCGUCUGAGUGACGAGUUUCAGACGGCCAAUGCUAAAGAGGACCAGCCGCUCUUCUUUCUGACGGGAAAACACAUCUGACUUGACUCUGAAAGUCUACAGCAACAAACUGUACAUAGCUGUCUAUGUAUAUAAUGAAUGUGAUGUACUGUAUUGUCCUUUUGAAUGCUUUUAUUCUUUUUUCUGUUGUUUUUGUUCUCUGACCAUAUCAAAUGUUCCCUUCACAGCCAUAAAAAAAUAUAUUUAUUCCCACAACUGUAUUUUAUAACCACAUCGUCUACAUUUUAAAAAUAUUUUUCCAUGUUCAUUUAUUGGACAUUUUACAAACCAGCAAAUAUGAAUUUUGCAGAGGACAUUUUGUAGAGAAAGAAUAUUUUUCUAAAUAUUUGUUUUGCAUAUUCUGCGAUGCUCGCUUUUUUAAUUAUAAAUUUACUAUGUAAAAGUACUUAAGGCAUUGUUUUCUUUUUUAAGACAUGGCUUGUGUUGUAUAGUUUUAAGUAAGUCACUUUUUUAUGCUUGACCUUAGUUUGUGGUAUCUGUGCAGUUCUGCUGUGUCAACUCUAGAGGGCAAUACAGGGAUGUACAAUAUUUGUUGGGAAAGGUUCUAUAAUACAAAAUGACAAAUUAAACAAUAUUAUCAAUUCUUAUAUAAACAUAAACAGAAACAGUGUAUUGGUUUUUGUUUAAUUAUUGUUAUGAGUCAAUGACCGCAUGCAAGCUGUCCUUAUAUGCAGAAUUUAGGAUGCAUCGGCGCUCGUCUGCAUGUAAACUUGUCUACUUGUCUACACUUGAGGGCUACAUGUAAACCAGAAUGUGACCCCACAGACUGCAUUAAAAACCAACAUGCUGUCUUUUUCAGGGACGUCUAUACUUAUUUCAACAUGACAUCACCAAGCCAUAUUCUACAUUGCAACAGCAUGGCUGCGUAAUCAGAGUGCAGGUGUUAGACUGACCAUCCUGCAGUCCAGAACUGUCCCCCACUGAAAACGUACAGCUGCUCAGCUGAAGACUAAUAUAACUGAUGAAUGGAAAAAAAUUUUACAACCUAUUUCUAAUUUCGCUGCUAUGCGUGAUGUCAGCUGUUAGAUGUUAGACUAAUGGUUUGAUGUGAAAUAGUUUGUUGUAAACUUAUUGACUCAGAUUCCUUUCAGUGGAGUUGACAGGAA